AUGUCAGCCCCCCAAGGAUCAGGAUCAGGAUCAGGAUCUGGCUCCCAUUCUAGCAUAGGCCCACGAUACUAUGUUGGACCCUUCGGCCGUAUGUUACCCACCACAGAUGGCCCAUCAUCGGAGCAGCAACCCGAGCUUCCAGCUAAUUUACAAGUAUCCGGGGAUCUCCCAUACCAGCUUCCACCUCCACGUGUACCGGCUAGUUUACAAUUUGGAUCUGAUCCAUUUCCGCGGCGACAAGACAGUCCCCAGGGCAAAGACGGUGGACCACAGCACCAGAAGCCAGAGCAACUUCCUUCCGUGAGUCAAAUACUCACACCAAUACCGGGCGCCAAUUCACCACAAUAUCCUCAACCAUUUGCAAUUUCAACAUCCAAUACAGGACGUCGAGCAUCUGCAUACCCACCUCGCCAUCAUGAUCCGAAUUUCCAGGUUUCGCCAACCUCUGUACAUGAUAGAGGCCGUGCCGAAUCUCUCCCUCAACCGCAUACUAGCCUGCCUUCAAUGUCACAAGUGACUCUGCAUGGCCAUGGAGGUAUAAGAAACCACACACCCACAAGGAGUGAUCCAUCUUCUGCAUCUUUCCCACACGGCCAGUUACCCUUUCACACCACAUCCUCACAUGGUCAAGUACCAAGUGGGGAGCAACCAUCACCGGAAAGUUCAAACCGGUUACUUAACCAGCCCCUCCGGCCUCAUGUGGUAGAUGAGCGAGUAAUUGACGGGGAACUCUGCUUCCUAUAUGCAGAUGGAUCCUUCUGCCCCAAAUUCAUCGAUGGUACACCCGUCAACGCAAAUUGGGGCAUAACGAAGGCUGGCAGGCCGAGAAAACGUCUUGGACUUGCCUGCCUGACCUGCCGCGAGAAGAAGAUCAAGUGUAAUCCUAACCCAACUCUCGAGGCCGUAUGUGACCAAUGCCGUAAAUCUGGACGUGAAUGCAGGUUCGAAAGUGCCCCGCGGGGGAACCGUCCUCCGAUGAGGGGGUCAGUAGGGCCAUCUAGCAGACCCGAUCCUUACGGCCGCGCUAGCCACGGUUCUUUGGACGUUUCUCCGUCACUUUACGACAAUAAUCGAGCUUCGGACAGUGCGACCUCCCUUCCUGGGACUACUGGCCAUUCACCGAUCUCAGAAGGCUCAUUGCUGACGGCAUCAGGCCAAGAAGCCACAUAUGAGAACAUGGCUGAGGCGGACAGGGCUUUAAGAUCUCGAUUCCACCGAUUCCCACAGUCCUUACUAGGCGCAGAUGACACCAUCGGACGACCACCGUCGGCACAUAUCGAGUCUACUCGUUCGCCCGAGUACUCUGACAUUUUGGGGGAACUCAAGGACAGCAACAAGUCAGACGACCCACUCGCGGCGUCAUGGCACCUAGACCCGUAUGAAACCGAUCCAGAAGCGGCGAUGCACUACACUGAACGUUAUUUCUUGCACAUGAAUGACGGUCUGUACCACAUAUUCCCACAUUCACGAUUCAGCUUGUGGUUGAAGACCUACCCCACCAAGUCUGCGGAUGACAAGAUGCUCCUUUAUUCUAUGAUGGCUCUUGGGUCUGUAUUCUCAGACAGGCCAGAUAAAAUGGCAGCAAUGAAGCGAUAUGCUCGCAUAGCCCGCUUUGCCAUUAACAGAAGCCAGCAUAUCCUCUCUUUGCAACUUGCUCAGAGCCAUAUCAUAAUGAGUCUUUGGUACUAUGCUACAGGGUCGCUUGUCGGGUCUUGGGACUCAAUAGGCGCAGCGGGUAGAGCGGUGUUUGGGCUUCGUUACAACGUGGAAUCUGGCGGUAUUGUUGUGGAUCAAAGUCAGAUAUGUGACUACGGGUUACAUCCACAGGCCUUGAUGGAGUGCCGACGGAGAACCUUUUGGAUUGCCUUUGUGCUUGAUCGCUUCUCAAGCCUUUAUACUGCUUCGUCGACUUUCAUCUCGUCAGAUGCAGCCUUGCUGAGGCUUCCCUGCCGAGAAGAAAUCUACGAGACUCAGCAGUACGCGACGGUUCCCUAUUUGCAAUCAUUCCUUAACCAUAUCCCGGCCUCCACGGGCGAUGAUCGUUCCACCCUAAGCCCAAUGGCCUUUUUAAUCGAGAUCAUGGCUAUCUGGGGAGAGAUCUCCCUACAUAUAACCAGAUUACCACACAUCCCGGCCGAAGCAUAUAACCGACUCGCUGAAGAAUUCCACACAACCAUCAUCCAAAAAUCCAACCAAUGGAUGACCCGACUCCCCGAAUACCUGGCGUUCUCAUCCACAAACCUAGAGCGAAGUCUUCGACAAAGAAAAGCAGAUACCUUUAUCUCAAUUCAUUUGUUCUACCACGCCAGCUUGUUGAAGCUGUAUAGACACGCCCGCUACCAGAGCCUCCGACCCGAAAUCCUAGGCCAGUACAUCCACCGCGCUCGAUACCACGCCGUGGAAAUCCUCCGUAUCUCUCUUACCUUUGACCAAUACGCCAAAAGAAUCAUUCCUUCAAGACUUAGCACAGAGCCUCCCAUGUCCCACUCGACCCUCCUGAACCCAUUCCUCGGCUACGUCAUUCUAUCAGCGAUAGAUGUUCUCAGCUCCGCGGGUCUGGCAUCUCAGCUAAACGAGUGCAUUGCUUAUAUUAGAGGCGCACUAGAGACUGUUCAUGAACUCGGUCGCUAUUGGGAUAGCUCUUUGAAACUGGUCACCGUUCUUCACAGACGUCUCGGUCUGAUGAUCAACUGUAUGAAUGACCCCGGCGUCUUUACAGAGAAACAGGGUUUUGCUCUCGAUGGCACCCCGCUUGAGACGAAGGUCCAUGCUGGCGCUUUGCAUUCUCCUCUACCUAUGGCAAUGGGUGAGGAUCUUUUUACCGGUUCGAUGCCUAGAGAGGUGCUUUUGAAUGCUCUACGGCUUGAUGAGACGCUCAUCUCUAAGGGUGAUAUUGCUUGGAUUAGAGAUCCAUGA